UUAUUCACAGAAGAAAGCAGGUGGUAUACUGUUACAAUACCACAGGAGAAAGCCAGAAGGUCAGAAAGCUUGCGGGGUAACUGACACAAUUUGAAACUGCUUGGCCCCCUUUAAAAAGAAAUAAUAAAAUGGGAGAGAAUGAAGCAAGUUUACCUAACACAUCUUUGCAAGGUAAAAAGAUGGCCUAUCAGAAGGUCAAUGCAGAUCAAAGAGCUCCAGGACAUUCACAGUACUUAGACAAUGAUGACCUUCAAGCCACUGCCCUUGACUUAGAGUGGGACAUGGAGAAGGAAUUGGAGGAGCCUGGUUUUGACCAGUUUCGGCUAGAUAGUGCUGAGAAUCAGAACCUGGAGAAUUCAGAGACUGCAGACCUCAAUCUUGAUUCCAUUCAACCAGCAACUUCACCCAAAGGAAGGUUCCAGAGACUUCAAGAAGAGUCUGACUAUGUUGCCCAUUAUACAAGAUCUGCACCAAAGAGCAACCCCUGCAACUUUUGCCGUCUUUCAAAAAUGCUUUGCACAGCCAUCAUUUUAUUUAUUUUUGGAAUUUUGAUAGGCUAUUAUGCACGUAAAAAUUGCCCUUCAAAUGCUUCGUCAUCAGGAACACUUGAUCUUCAGUUAUACCAAGAGAUUCUCAAGACAAUCCAAGCAGAAGAUAUUAAGAACUCUUUCAGAAGUUUUGUACAACUGUAUAAAAGUGAAGAUGACACAGAAAUUUCAAAGAAGAUUAAGACUCAGUGGACUUCUUUGGGCCUAGAAGAUGUACAGUUUGUAAAUUACUCCGUGCUGCUUAAUCUGCCAGGCCCUUCUCCCAGCUCUGUGACUCUGAGCAGCAGCGGCCAGUGCUUUCACCCUAAUGGCCAGCCCUGCAGCGAAGAAGCCAGAAAACAUAGCAGCCAAGAUCUGAUCUACUCAUACGCAGCCUAUUCUGCCAAAGGAGCUCUAGAGGCUGAAGUCAUUGAUGUGAGUUAUGGAAAUGCAGAUGAUUUAAAAAGGAUUAAAAAAAUGAAAAAUACAACGAAUCAGAUUGCACUCCUGAAAUUAGGAAAACUGCCACUACUUUAUAAGCUUUCCUUAUUGGAAAAGGCUGGAUUUGGAGGUGUUCUUCUGUAUAUUGAUCCUUGUGAUUUACCAAAGACUGCUAAUCUUAGCCAUGAUACCUUCAUGGUAUCACUGAAUCCAGGAGGAGACCCUUCUACACCUGGUUAUCCAAGUGUUGAUGGAAGCUUUAGGCAAAACCGAUCAAACCUCACCUCCCUCCUUGUGCAGCCCAUCUCGGCAUCUCUCGUUGCAAAACUGGUGUCUUCGCCGAAAGAUAGAACCAAAAAUGGCGUCUGUAGCCCUCUAGAACUUCCAAAUAAUGAAGAAAGAAUGGUCAACUUGCAAGUUCAGACAGUCACAAAAUUCAAAACAGUUACUAAUGUUGUUGGAUAUUUAAAGGGCUUGACUUCUCCAGACCGGUAUGUCAUAGUUGGCAGCCACCAUCACACUGCACACAGUUACAAUGGACAAGAAUGGGCCAGCAGCACUGCCAUUAUCACAGCUUUCAUCCAAGCCUUGAUGUUAAGAGCUAAGAGAGGGUGGAGACCAGACCGCACUAUUGUUUUCUGUUCCUGGGGAGGAACAGCUUUUGGCAAUAUUGGCUCAUAUGAAUGGGGAGAGGAAUUCAAGAAGGUUCUGCAGAGAAAUGUUGUGGCUUAUGUUAGUCUCCAUAGUCCCAUAAGGGGUAACGCGAGUCUGUAUUCUGUAGCUUCACCGUCUCUUCAGCAACUGGUAGCAGAGAAAAAUAAUUUCAACUGUUCCAGAAGAGCUCAGUGCCCAGAAAUCAAUGUCAGUUCUGUACAGAUACAAGGUGAUGCCGAUUAUUUCAUCAACCAUCUUGGAGUUCCCACCGUGCAGUUUGCUUAUGAGGACAUCAAAGCAUUAGAGGGUCCAAGUUUUCUCUCCGAGGCCCUUUUUCUUAAACAUGCAACAAAAAUUGAAGAAAUGGAUCCUUUUUUCAACCUUCAUGAAACAAUUACCAAGCUCUCAGGAGAAGUGAUUUUGCAAAUUGCCAACGAACCAGUUCUGCCCUUUAAUGCUCUCGAUAUAGCUUUAGAAGUUCAAAACAACCUUAAAGGUGAUCAACCCAACACUCAUCAGCUGCUGGCCCUGGCCUCACGCCUGCGGGAGAGUGCGGAACUCUUUCAGUCAGAUGAGAUGCGUCCUGCUAAUGACCCCAAGGAGAGAGCUCCCAUACGUGUCCGAAUGCUGAAUGACAUUCUCCAAGACAUGGAGAAAAGCUUCCUGGUGCAGCGGGUGCCACCAGGUUUUUAUAGAAAUAUCCUAUACCACCUUGAUGAGAAGAAAAGCCAGUUUUCAAUACUCCUGGAGGCUUCGGAACACUGCAAGUCACUUCCAUCAAAUGAGACCCUUCAAGAAGUCCUGUCAGAGGUGUUGAACAGCAUUAAUUCAGCUCAGGUUUACUUCAAAGCAGGACUUGAUGUGUUCGAGAGUGUCUUGGUUGGAAAGAACUGAGACAACUCUCAACAUUUUAAAAAGUUUGUUUACAAUUCCUUAAGCAAAAGCUCUAAUAUAACCAGAUUUUCUGAGAUUGAAGACUCCCCCCCCAUGGCUUUUUAUACAAGUCUAAAGCUAUUAUUACAUUGUAUUUUUUAAUGUACAUAUGAAAAGAGCAUUUUGCACAUUUAAUAUUUUUCUUAUAUAUAAUUUCUGAAUAUGUAAAAGCAAGUUAUUGAAAUAAUACUUAAGAUUUAUCUAUUAAAAAGAAAUCUGCUGUAUUUUUAUAUAUAUAAAAUAUUUUGGGGGAAAAGUUCCAAGAAUUUCUGGACAAUCUUCACUCCUAUGGAUAAAACACAUAGGAACAGAAGUUAUUCCCUGUGUUAGAGCUGUUAAUGACCUAAUUUCUGUAAUGGAAAUGGAGAGUUAAUGUGGUUUCAGAUUAACUUCACUAUUAAGUAUUCAAUAUGAAGAAUUCAAGUAUUCUGACCAAGUGAUUGGUUGACCAAAACCACUUUGAAUGUUUCUAUUUUACGAAAUGAAGUGCCUGUUCGUAACACAACUAGAUGUAGUAAUACACUGGUUCUGAAAUUGUUUUUUUUUUUUUUUAAGUGUUAAUGAAAAAAAGAGCCAUAAACAUUCCAGGGGAAAAUCUCCAGGUAGCUGCACAGAGCAAUUUAAAUGCAAAUUUUUUCCUAACAACUUAUAAGGUGACUAGCUUUGAAACCUCUAAUUUGCCUCAGUUGAUUUUGUAAAAAAUUCAGGAGUGAUGUAUGUCUUAUGAGGGACAAAAUAUUUCUUAUUUCUUCUUCUGUUGUUUCUGUUGGAAGCACUGAAACCUAACUACUCGAAAUGAAAGCAUCUCACAUUCCUCUUCCUUCUUGUAUCUUUUCUGAAACUCGUUGCUGUAAGGCAGUUUUCACAGAAUACCAUAUAAUUUCCACAGGAAAGUAACAAAGUUUCUUUUUGAAAACCCAAAUAUCUUUAAAAGCAUCAAAUUGCUGUUUCUGCCACUGACAAAAAGGACUUACUAUGAAAGAAACAGUUGUUUUGAUCAAUAAAAAUUUCCUUAAUUCUGUGAAGAAACUUUUGAUAUUUUUUCCUUCUUUAUCCUUGAUUGUAAUGAAGUUGAAAACAUAGAAAAUAUUCAUGCAGAAUUUUGUGCAGAAAAUACAGUGUUGCUAUAAGACUGUGUCUUUCCCAUGCUUCAAUUCCUCUCUUGUGGGAAAUGAAGUUUUUCAUAACGAUAUUGUCAUUGAAUGGCCCUAGCAUCCACUAUUCCCUACAACCCUAGAACUCUAUUAGGUGAUAGUUUAAACUUUUAGCUUACCUUUAGAAACAUUCUUCUGGUAUUGAAUAAAGCAAUUCCUCUCAGGAAACAUAUCUUCAGACUAUUUCAUGUGAAUUUUCUCUACCUAACACAACAUGCAAAUGCAU